AUGUUGCUCGGAGUAUUGUAUCGAUCGGAGCCUUUACAGGACUUCCAAGCUUGGAUGGACAAGACCGAAAAUUUGCUAAGCCAGCUAAAUGUCCUCUGGGAUGGUCUACUUGUCGUCACCGGCGACAUGAAUAUCGACCUGUUGAAACCUGAAUUACCCCAAGUUAAGAAAUAUACUGAUUUACUGGAAUCGCUGAAUCUUUAUCAACACGUGCAAUGUCCUACUCGUACUGCUCCUACUUCUGCAACACUUAUUGACCACAUAAUUAGUAAUACCCCAAACCGUGUCACCUAUUGUAAUGUAUUACCAUGUCCUACAGUCAGCGACCAUGAUGCGCCUUACGUUUGCAUUAAUAUAAGAGCUUGCAGAUUCCAGCCACGAUUUAAAUUACUACGCGAUGAAAAACAGUCUGAUGAAAAAGCUUUUAUAGGCGAUAUUGCAUCACUUCCAUUCAAUAUCGUUUACGGUAUCGAUGAUCCUGAUCAGCAACUAGAUAUAUUUAACUCAUUAAUAAAAGAUUGCCUCGACAGACAUGCACCACUACGCAGAUCUAAAAUCACGUGCCCUCCUGCGCCCUGGUUAAAUCACAGUGAUGUGAAACAACUUCAAAAAGAACGAAACGAGCUCAGAUAUUUGGCUCACAAAACAAACCUGAGUCAUGUCUGGAAUAAAUUCCGCGAAGUAAGAAACACUAUACAGACAAAGAUUAAGAAGGUCAAGAGAGCUUUCUAUCAGAAAGCAUUAUCAUCAAAAAAACCGAAAGAACUUUGGAAAGUAAUACACCGCAUACUUCAUCCCAAUCCCAAACCUAUAAAUGCGGAUCCCGACCAAUUGAACAGCCACUUCAGCUCUACCUCGCAACGUCUACUCGGGUCAGGGCCGACUUCCCCAAGUGCUUUGCAAGAACUAGUAAACUCUUUACCAGUCUGUAUGUCCAACUCGUUUAAUAUUUGUCCUGUUGCCCAUAGUGAAGUACUGAAUCAGUUAAGAACAAUAAGAUCUGACUGUUCGACAGGAAUUGACCAGAUUCCGGUAAAAUACCUUAAAAUGGCAGCUGAUUACAUCGCCUCACCAUUGACCUAUAUCAUCAACGGGUUUAUUGCAAAUCACAGCUUUCCAGAUGUUUGGAAGACUGCACGUGUGUCACCUAUACCCAAAGUAGCCUCUCCGACAGAGUUAAACCAUUAUAGACCAAUUUCUAUUCUCCCGGCUCUUUCCAAAGUCUAUGAACGCCUCACUCUAAAUCAAAUUGUAAAAUACAUCGACCAGCAUAAUGUAUUAAACGAGAAUGUUACUGGCUUUCGUAAAGGCCAUGCCACCUCAUCUGUCCUAUUACGAGUAUGA